GUGCGGGGAUUCACCGCCAAUAUCGUCGUUUCUCCUCUUUCCAUCGUCGAAUCCCAUGAUAUUUCGCUUCAAGAUAAAACCACUCACGAGAUCAAUCUUGCCACACUCGUACACAUAUAUGUACAUGCGGUGUUUAUCCCCUCACAUUUUUCAUUUAUUCUGUCAUACAACAUACCAUCUGCAGCACAUGCGAUUGCGACUCCCAUUGCGGCUCCGAGCUUUUCCGUUGUGGUACACAGGCUAGCCUCGGAUGUCAUGCGUCUCAGGAACAAGUCAGCCGAUCGCCAUCAGACCACCACUCAGACACGUCCAAAUAACAGCGCAUGUGGUCCUUUGUUACCGAUGGGGUAA